UCCCCAGAGCCCAUCGAUGUCGCCGCGCCUGCUCAGGGCGGUGGGCUGCGGCUGGGCGGCCGUGCUGGCCCUGCUGACCGUGGUCGUCUUCGUCCUGGUCCUACUCCCGGCAAAGGAUGCUGUCCUUCCUACCAGAGUCAAACACGGCCUGGUGUUUGACACUGGCUCCACACACACGUCCCUCUACACUUACCGGUGGCGCGCAGACAAGGAGAACGGCACGGGCAUCGUGUCCCAGGUGGAGGCCUGCUCUGUGUCCGGGUCACUGCCAGCUCUUUGCAGUGCCUUCUCGGGGUUUUAUCACAGCCUUCACUUUCUGAACCUGACAGGAGGGCAGUCCCUGGGCUUGGUCAAUGCCACCAUCAGGCAGAUAUGCAACAGCAGCUGGAAACAGGUGCAGGAGCUGUUCCCCACGGCGAGCAGGACCCAGCUCCGUGACGCCUGCGCAGCCAGCUCCUACAUCCUCACCCUCCUCCUGCAAGGCUACAAAUUCAACAUCACAACAUGGCCCAGCAUCCACUUCGUCCAGCAGGUUGCUAACACAGAUGUGGGCUGGACUCUGGGCUACAUGCUCAAUCUCACCAACCUGAUCCCCUCGGAGCCUCCCACAGCAGUCGCAGAGCUCCCGAGAAACAUCUGGGUAGCAGCCACACUUCUGCUGGCCAUCAUGCUCAUCCUCAUCUUCUGCCUGCUCACAGCCACGUGCUGCCACAGAAACUCCUCGGGCUAUGAGCAGCUGUAGCAGCACUGCCUCCUGAGGCCGCCAGGCCGGGUCCUGCUGCCACUCCUCUGCAGGGAGCUGCUUCCCGAGCAUCCCCCCUGUGUGCCCAGGGGCCACGGGCUUGUCCUGGGGGUCCCGAGUCCUGGUCUGGUGAGCUGGAGCUGGCACAGCUGUGAAACACCUUCCCCACAGCUGUGAAACACCCCCCUCACAGCUGUGAAACACCUUCCCCACAGCUGUGAAACAAACACCCUCCCCACAGCUGUGAAACAAACACCCUCCCCACAGCUGUGAGACAGGGCUCUGCCUAGGGCUGGGAAGCCCUGUGAGGGGGGAUGGCACAGCUCUGCCUCCUCUCCUGCAAUGAGGUUCCUCUCCAGUCCAGCUGCACCCCAUGCCCCAUGGCUCAUCCUCCCUUCCCAACACAGGGUGACUUGGGAACACUGCUGGGACAUGGCAGAGGCAGCUUCCAGGGGCCCCGGUACAUUUUUGGGGAGUCCUGUUGGCAGCCAAGUGAUGGGUGAGGUGAGACACCUCCUCAGAGAAGGAAAGGCCUGUCCUUGUGCCCUGCUGGCUCCACUCCAAAGUCCAGCAGACUGCAGGGACACCUCCCAUAGAUUCACUGCCUCACCCGAGUCUCUGUCGUCACCAGCCCUUACCUGGGAGACAGAAGUAAUAAAAUCACAACGUUUUGGAAGCAGA